AUUUGAGUGAGAAGGCGGCCAAAACAAACACGGCUAUUUCCCCUAGCGCUUUCCUCAGACACCGCUUCUCCCUGGCCGCAACCACCUCGCGCCUCGAACGGCCCAAACUCGUGUCUCGAGACUAGUUUUCCGUCUCUGCAGAGGAACAGCUUCACGGGUUUUUCUUUCUCUUGCGCACUAUUAUCAACCGAAAUACCACACAUCACGACCGCUUAUCGCCAAGAUGUCUGUCGUCUCCCUUCUCGGGGUUAACGUGAUCAACAACCCCGCCAAGUUCACCGACAAGUACGAGUUCGAAAUCACCUUUGAGUGCUUGGAGCCACUGCAGAAGGAUCUCGAGUGGAAACUCACGUAUGUCGGCUCGGCGCAGUCGGACCACUACGACCAGGAGCUGGAUUCGCUGCUGGUCGGGCCGAUCCCCGUGGGCAUCAACAAGUUCGUCUUCGAGGCGGAUCCGCCUGACACGAAGCGCAUCCCGAUCGAUGAGCUGCUCGGCGUGACGGUGAUCCUACUGACGUGCGCCUACGACGGCCGCGAGUUUGUACGCGUCGGCUACUACGUCAACAACGAAUACGAAAGCGAGGAGCUGCGCGACAACCCGCCCGCUAAGCCCGAGAUCGACAAGAUUCGCCGCAACGUGCUCGCGAACAAACCACGCGUCACGAGGUUUGCUAUCAAGUGGGAUUCCGAAGCUUCGGCGCCUCCCGAGUUCCCUCCGGAGCAGCCUGAGGCUGAUCUCGUCGCCGAUGAAGAGGAGUACGGCGCCGACGAGCUUGCCGAAGAAGAAGAGGCCGAGGCUCUCGACGGCAGUGGGGACGCGCAGAUGGACGGCGUAGAGGGACCCGACGGUGUUGUCGACGAAGAGGACCUGUCGGACGAGGGUAGUGUCGACAUUGAGGGCGAGAGCGAGGAAGAGAUCUUGGAGGAGGACGAUGGCAUCGACCAAGAGGGCGGCGAGGGCGCUGAGGGCGCUGAAGGCGUUGAGGGAGAUGAGGGUGAUGAGAUGGAUGUUGACCGGCCCGAGCCUGCGGUACACAAGCAGCCGGAGGCUAUGGUGCAUUAGCCGGUCACCACCAAAAAAGAGGCGAGAGCGAAGCACAUCGACGCCGUCAUAUGAGGAUACUAAUCGGAGUAUCUUUUGGUAUGGGAUAGGAGGGUUUGGAGAGCUGAGUUCAUACCCUAGACGGUUCGCAUUUUGUGUGAUGGGAUUCGCGUAUGAUGAUCAAAUUGACGUGGUUCACUAAGC